AAUAAGCUCCAGGAUGCCGCCGUUCAGGCAAUGGCGAGACUUCUUCCCCGGCUGGAAAACACCGACUGACAGCACCGACUUUCACGACAGACUAAUCAGCAACCUACUUUAUUACCAGACUAAUUAUCUGCUACUCAGUACUGCUGUUUACAUCAUUGCAGGGUUCAAGGACCCGGUGGGAGUGGGCACCGGCACCGCCGUAAUGUUGGCCGUUUUUCUGCUCUCAGCUUAUGUCGGAGAACUGCCACCUAUUGUCGACUUGAAGAGAAGGAGUCCCUUCACGUUUCUGAUAAUCAACAUUAUAGUCGUUCACUUUGUGGCGAAAGCGUUUGUGGGUGUCGGGACAUUUUUGUCAGCAACCGCUAUAUCCCUGGCCGUGACUGUUUCACAUGCUUCCCUUUGCAACCGCAAAGUGAACGAGGUGGCGUGCAUUAAAGAAGCUCGGGAGCUGAAGGGGACACCGAUGGGCUUUUUAUUAAGGGCUCGCGGGAAAUAAAUGGAAACUAACAACUAAAGGAGACGGAAUGAUUGAAAAACGCACUUUUUUCCCCCACACGAAACAAAAAUGCUUUCUCUGUGCUUAUUAACCUUUGUAAAGUUUCUCUCUUGAUAUUAAGGAGCCGACUGUAACUGACAAACUGCAUCUUUGCUAAUGAAUGUUUUCCACGGCUGUGAGGAGGAGCGUCUCUCUGUCCUGCACUAAAUCUGUUGUGUGCACCAGAGCUACAGGCUUCUUGGUUAAGAAAUUUACAUUAAUCUAUACAUGUCUGUGCUUCACGUGAGUAAUUUAAUGAAUAAAAGAAAUACAAGGAAGGCUAGCCAGUCUUGAUGUGUUGCAAUUCUUUUGAAACACUUGGAAAAUACCAAAUUAAAAUUUAUUCAUGAAGUAAAGGCUUGAUAUGAUGUCUUACACAUAUUCUUUUUAAAUUCUAUUAAUAGCAACAGAAUCAACAGAGAACACUAAAAUGCCUCACUUUAUGCAGAUGAUAUUUUGGUUUACCUCUUUGAUCCCUCUGCCUUUUUCAAAGACUUUCUUGUUUAAAUGUGAAGAUUUGUUGGCAAAUUGGCUGAAUUCCAUUCAUACGUUCCAAAAUGAUCAAGUUUUGAUAUUGAGUUUCAAGUCUUUGCGAGGUGAAGUGCCAGUAGAAGAAAUAAUGACACGUGAUCUUGAAAGGUUUAACGGAAGAAUAGCUCACCACACUUCCUAAAUCAACCUAAAAUCUUUUAAGGUGUGUCUCUGUCAGCUUUAGAUAUAUAGAGAUGAAAGGUUUUGCACACAAUUUUCCAAAUAUCUUAAAUUCAACCAGAUUGGAUGGAGACUUCCAGAUUAUCAGUUGGCUUUAGGUUUGGACUUUGUGCCAGCAUAAUAUUCCCAUAACCAUAUUUCAUCAUGGCGCAUUCAGAGUUACUGUUUUGAUUGUCUAUAACACAUAUUCUCUUGUAUGCUGGCCGAAAUGUUUACUUUUGGUCCCAUCUGACCAAAGCACCUUCUUGUUUGCAUCAAGAGCAUUUGACCAGACCUCGACUUUUCCUGCUGUGUUCUUUGGUUUUGAUGCUGUUUGUAACUAAUGUUACUAAUAGAAAACUCAACAGUGUCCUUUAAUAUGCUGUAAAGGUGAUAGGGAUGGAGCUAUUUCUAAGAAAAUGAACAAGAUCCUUUCUUGUUAUUCUCUCUCCAAGAUCUGCUUUAACAUGUUCC